GGCGAGGACGCCGACGACAAACGACCGGCACGACGCGGAGGAAGAAGAAGAAAAGAGAGACGAGUGUUCGGUGAAGCCUACCGACCGGCUAUUUGGAACACGGCCGAUCAGUUCCUUCGGCGCCUUCGCACCGUGGACGCGGACACGCGGACGUCCUUUGUCGCCGAUUUCGAACGCGCGCCUCUCUACCCCGGACCGGGCGAAACCGGGGAGUCCCGCGAAAAAUUUGCGCGACGCGUCGUCUUCCCAAAAUCGAUGACCGAGACCCGGAGGGAUCAGCUUCGUGAAUCUGCUGCGGAGAAGCGAAAUUGAUCGGAAAAAUGUUUCGUGAGGUCGUACAGGACAGUUGAUGAUAAGGCCUGGAGUCGAUCGAUUCAUCUCGUUAAAAGAAUCCGACACGAGGAAAGUAUUCGACAGUAACACGAGACGAUAUCAGAACUGGCACAAUGUCGGAGGGUUGCACGAGUUGCAGAGGUGCGAAUUACGCGGGUGGCACUUUGCAGUUAGGUUCGACUACCGGUGGCAAUACCGGAAGCUCGUCGCCCGCGUCUGGAACGACCUGUACAGCCACGAGGAGAGUCCAGGUCCGAGCAAAAGUGUUAUACGGCACGGGCAAAGCAAUAGCGAGCUUGCAAGCACAGGAGAAAGCGGCCAGACACUGACGAGCCUCAUUUUUUCCUCCCUCUCCUGCGCAUUGUCAUCGAAACCGAGGGAAACGGACGAUACAGCAGAAUCCCACACGAAAAGCCAAACGUCAAAUCACGAAGUAAGAAUUUCCGGCAAACACGAGCAAUCGUUUUUCACAUCGACGGACGCUGCGAGGAGGCGAGUAAAUAUUUCAUCGGACUACAAUCCUUUAACCCCGGAGAUCCAAGAAAGCAACGCAAAUACUUCGUAUCCUGUCGAAGCAGCGCGGCUGAAAUACGUACAGAAGCUGCUGAAGAGAGAGAUAGAAGAGGCAGCGGCGGAUGUGUUACAGCCGAGAGAUUCCGACGGAAUCACGUACAUUCCUGCGAAAGAGACGAAUCAGACGGGAGAUGGAAUCCGACAUGAAUUUUUGAACGUAUCGCGCAUUUCUGAAAGCCCCGCAGUAACAGAACCGGCGGCAAGAGAAGAAGAAGAUGAAGAAACCAAAAAGACGGAAGAUAAACUCAAAGAGGGAUCCUGGGCCGGAUCGCUGAAUAAUGCGGGUGUCAAAACUAACAUGCCGAAAUCAUUGGGCAACGCGAAAAGUAAUACCCCGCAACAAGUGAAGAUCCUUCAAGAAUGGGACGACGGCGUGCGAGCAAGUGUUGAUUCUAAUAUCGGUGAUACUUCGAAGGCGCACCUCGCUGAAAACUCGAAUGAUGGGAUCGUGAAAACGCAGAACGCCGCGCCGAAAGCCGAUAAUCAAACCCUGGGUGGCGCCGAUCAGGAGAGCUGGAAAUCGGAGGAAGACGGUCUGAUGGAAGCCGCGAAUUUUGGCUUGCAAGCCAUGAACGAUCUUUAUUAUAUUCAGGAACCUAAAUUGUAUUCGAUGGGUCUUUAUCUGGAGAACGAUAAUCCAGCGAGAUACGUAGCGGCGUUUAACGAUCAGUCGGAGGAGGCGAGAGGCCUCGCGAGAUUCGGAUACGCGGCCCUUCAAGGCACCGCUGUGUUCUUAAAAAAGUUCCCGAAUACGCCGUUGGAAUUACCUUUAUCCCGAAGUAAGCUCACCCGAAGGAGCUCGCUGGAACAACAAUGUCCACGGAGGGACCCACCCCGAUGCCCGCGGGCUAGCCUAAGGUACAGAACGUCCGACGGCAGCUGCAAUAAUCUGCAAAAUCUCUGGUGGGGCUCCGCGAUGUCUGCGAUGAGGAGAUUUCUUUCAUCGGAAUACGAGGACGGCGUUCAAAGUGUUAGGAGGUCGAGGGACGGAAGGCCGCUCCCGAGCGCACGGGAUGUCACGAGCCUGAUCCACGAAAACAAAGACGUACCCCUGGCUUCCAUUACUCACAUGCUAAUGCAGUGGGGACAGUUUGUAGAUCACGAUUUGACAGCGACCGGUCAAAGCAGAGGAUUUAAUGGCACAAUACCACAAUGUUGCUUACAAGGGGGCGUCGGUUUUCAACCGCCAGAGUUCAUGCACCCGGAGUGUCUUCCGAUAGCGGUGAACCUGCGCGACAAUUUCUACGGUCCUCUGGGCGUAAGGUGUCUGGAAUUCCUCAGAAGCGGGCCGGCCCCUAAAGAGGGCUGCGAAUUUGGCCCGAGAGACCAAUUGUCCCAGGUGACCAGUUAUUUGGAUGCCUCCAUGGUUUACAGCAGUAACGCCAUGCACAGCGACAGUCUGAGACUAUUCCGGAACGGCUUACUGCAAUACGGAAGGAUACAGUCGCGCAGACCCUCGCUCCUGAAACGCGAAUCAGACUUGUGCAAACGCGGAUCUUUGUCUACGACCUGCUUCCGAGCGGGCGACGGACGUCUGAGCGAGCAACCUGCUCUCACGUCCCUGCACGUCGUCUUUUUAAGAUUGCACAACAGGAUAGCCACGGAACUAUCCGUCCUGAACUCCCACUGGAGCGACGAGAAACUUUUUCAAGAAACCCGAAGGCUCGUCGGCGCGGUGGUCCAACACAUAACUUAUCGAGAAUUCCUGCCGAUCGUUCUUGGCCCUCAGGUGAUGAAGAUCUUUGACCUGGAAGUUCUUAAAAAGGGCUACUACGAGGGAUACGAUCCGACCGUGAAUCCCACCAUUGCAAAUUCAUUUUCUACGGCGGCUUAUCGAUUCGGACACUCAUUGGUCCAGCGGAGUUUCGUUAGGUUCGAUAGCGACCACAGGCCCAUCUUUAAUAACGUCUCGAUCCACGACGAGUUCAGCAACCCUGCGAAUCUGGAUACGGCGGGAUCCGUCGAUCGCCUUCUUCUAGGCCUAGUGAAUCAACCGUGCCAAAGGCGGGACGAGUUCAUGAGCGAAGAAGUAACGAAUCAUCUUUUCCAAACGCCCGGUUUCGCAUUCGGCAUGGAUCUCGCCUCCAUCAAUAUCCAGCGGGGCAGAGAUCACGGUUUACCGCCCUACGUGCGAUGGCGCGAGCCUUGUGCCUUGUCCCCGAUAAAAACGUUCGAGGACCUCGAUAGAGUAAUGUCGCGAAGCGUCUCGAGAAAAUUUAAAUCGCUAUACUCGUCGGUGGAGGACAUCGACCUCUUCUCGGCUGGUCUGGCGGAGAAGUCAGUGGUUGGCGGCCUGGUCGGGCCAACCUUCGCUUGCAUAAUCGCCCAGCAAUUCAGCAAUCUGCGACGUGGCGAUCGAUUCUGGUACGAGAAUCCCGACAGCGAAAGCAGCUUCACCGCCGGCCAGUUGCAACAGAUCAGGCAAGUCAGUUUGGCUCAAGUACUAUGCCGAAUGAUGGAUGACAUUAAGACUAUACAACCGUUUGUUUUCCUCGCGGCGGAUAUGUUGAAGAAUAAACGUCUUUCUUGCGAUGAUCCGGCCAUUGGGCACCUGGACCUCGAACUCUGGGCCGAACGACCGUCCGAAUUCAAAGACGACGUCGACAACUCGCAGAAAGUUAAACGAACGGCGACCGAGAAAAGUAGCUCUGUUCCAAGGCCGAAAAAGGAAAACGUUAGUCAUAGGAGGAGAGUCUCCAGCUCCGAACAUACAAAGUCUACAACUCCAAAGCCUUUUCAGAACAGCGUCAAUCAGGAGAAUAAUAUCGUCGUGAAGAAACCCUUCGGGCGUCCAGACAACCUCACGAUCGUGGUCCAGAACAAUGCCGUGAACGCGCCUGUUUUCGUGAACGAGGGAAUUUACGGUUCGCGUAUCAAAAUACAGGGGCAGCCUUCUGCCAGACCAAGCUCGAACCUUAAUCAUGCUUUAAUAAAUCAUCUGUAUCGACCGCAGGGAAGGCCUAUACCGACGACGAUCCCUCAUUCGCCAAGUAUUCACUUAGCCCGUCAUCCAUAUGUUCCCUACAGUUUCCGCGAUCCCCAUAAUCCGAAUCCGCUAGCCUACGGGUACAGAUCGCCCGCUUUCGCCCAGGACGACGUCUUUUACGACAACUAUUCCGGCACCAGUCCCACGCCCACUCUCUACACGUAUUACACGAAUUUCCAGAAGGCAUCAACUACCCAAAAGUCAGAGAUUGACGGUUAUUUAAUCAACGGACUCUUGUAUCACGAUUUACCUCCAGCGCAUGCCUACGAAAGACCCAAGUUUUCAGAAAACUUUGGACAUUACGCAUUGAACGACGAACAGAAAUUAGCGCAGAGGCCGAAUUACGGUGGUUCUGAACCCCCGACAAACAUACGGUUAACCAGACCGAGCUAUGAAUCGAGCGAUGAAUUUUAUACAAGCAGACCAAACUACGAUGGACACAAGCCUUCGACAAGCACACGGCCGAAUUCCCAGCCGAGUUACGCACCGAAUGAUGAAUCUUACCAAACGCACAGACCAAGCUACGAUGGACAUAAACCUUCGACGACCGCACGACCGAGCUCCCAACUGAUUUAUGUAAUAAAUAAUGACUCUCAUCAUACCCAUAGGCCAAGUUACGAUGGACAUAGACCUUUGACGACUACGCGGCCACAUUUCCGACCGAAUUACGCGUCGAAUGACGAAUCUUAUCAUGCCCACAGACCGAGUUACGAUGGACAUAGACCUCCCACGACCACGCUACCGAAUUCUCGACCGAAUUACGCAUCGAACGAACCUUAUCCGACACACAAACCGAGUUACGACGGACAGAGACCUUCAACGACUACGCGGCCAAACUCCCGACCGAAUUUCGAAUUGAAUGACGAACCGUACAAUGGGCCAGAUUAUAAUAGACCUAAACCUCCGGGCAACUCGCGACCAAAUGAUAAUUUGCAUCACGCGCAGAAACCAACUUAUAAUGGAUUCACGUCCCCAACAAACUUGCGACCGGAUAGACCGAACCGGGAACCAUAUGGCGUGCAAAAACCAGGCGAUGUCGGAAAUUUCCAUUCACAAAAUGACGAUUUGAUUAACAGACCGAACGGAGGUUACCCCGCUAGUCCUAAUAAACCGCAACAUCAGGGACAAUGGAGCUCGAACGAUUAUCGGAAGAGACCUGGCGAGAAGCUGUAUGAUUACGACGAUCCUGAUGCAUAUCGGAAGAAGCCGAGCAUUAAACCACCAAGUUACAGCACUGAUGAUUCUCAUCAAAUAUCAUCGAGUACGAGGCCAGGUGACGAAUAUAGUUCUCAAUUUUGGAAGAAAGACCCGCUGCAUUUCAUCAAGGGGCCCGUUCAAGAUGGACUUCAUGGAUCCGUUCCGAUUUCUGGAACGAAUGCUCCUUCUUAUCAAAAGGUUACACUCGUAGAUUCGAGUGCUUCGUCUUCUGCAAACGAUCACGAGCGAUACUCUGCUACCCCGAUUUAUCAAAAAGUACUGUCGUCUACUCAAAGUAGCUGGACGGACGUCUCACCGUAUAUGAAAGAAGGCGGUACUCGACCGCCUUUUAGCAAAGAUCCGUUUCAUAGUUCGCAUCCACUCCACCAGAGACCAACAAGUCACUCGACCUAUCAGAAAGAUGAUCAAUCAGAAUUAUCUUCGAAAGUGUCAGUCGACAAACGCCCCGUUGCUGCGGACUCAUACGAACAUGAUUCUUACAAAAAUCCCACAGAACCACUCAGAUUAAAUGAGCAAUUGUUAUCCAGCACGCCGUAUUCGUCGGAAACCUCGACGAUUGGCGCUCAAAUAUACAAACAGGAGGAAAAUCCUAAGCCAACGAAGGUACAAAGUGUCACGAUCGUCAGCGAGACAAUCGAAACGGUCCAGCAUCCUGGCCAUUCCGGAUACAUACCUCAACACAAAGUUACCAGCGAAAUUCCGAGACCAUUGGCGCAGCAAAUAAGGAGCAACGUACCAGCCACUAAGAAAGCUGGGCAGUAUUAUUACGAGAAGAACGUGUUGCACCGAUAUCCGGGCGAGGUAGUCGACCAAAUUCCCAAAAGUAAUCACCACUUGACGGGCGGAUCUGAAGAAACGUCCGUUCGAGAUCGAGAAACAACGUCCGAGAGGACCUCAACAGAAGUGUCGGUUAUCGACGACCCCGCGACGAGCUCUCAAGUGAAUCAAAGAAACGAAAGUAAAUUGACGACGACACCUACGCGCACGAUCACUGAUCACGAUAAUCGCAGAAGUGACGUGGUGGACGACCUCCAACGUGCUUUCUCGGCAGAUAUCGAAAGCGCUGCGCCGGCUGACGUUCCCGGCAGAACAAAUCAUUGGCUGAAUUUGCAAGAGGAUCUGAAUUCAUCAUCGACGUUGGAAAUUCCCGCAGUUCCGUCCGAUGAAUCCGCGAACGCCGAGGAAUUACCUAAGCCCAUUAAAUCGCGGAGUCACGCUACUUAAAGUUCUACGCUUCUUAAUUCGUCCUCAAUACUUUCGAUUCCCGAUUGAAACGGGAACGGUUGAAGAAAGUUUCGCAACUUUAUUGACUUUACUUAUAUUAUCGAAUAUCGAUAAAUUCAUUUAUCUAAAAAAAAGAAGUACAAGAAUAUCAAACCAAUACAUAGAAAGAAUUACGAAAUAUUUAUUUUAUAUUUUAGGCUUCACUCUUAUUUAGCCAAUAUAAGCGAACAUAUAUUAUCGCAUUCAAUUAAAGUCUCUAUACGUUUAGAUGCUAAGCUUUCAAAAGAGUAGAUAGUUAUUUGCAGAAUGUCUCUUUGCAUGUUUUAAUUUUAUAUUAUUUUCCUCAUUAUUUUGCCGAAUAAACGUCAACAACAAGCCCAUACAGCACGCAAAUGUCGAAACAACAUCUCAGAAACGUUCCAUUACAACCUUGCAAUA